AUGGAGACCAUACUGCACGCAUAUCAGCCAAAGCAUACCCUUCUCCUUCUAGAGUACGUCAACAGGUCCGGCAAAGAGGACGCCUCUAGGAAGCUAUCGUCUCCGCCAAACGUUCUCCUCUUUGUCGGCGGGCUCUACGACAACUUCCGAUGGCCACGCUACCUCGAUGAUCUGGCAGCUUUGUUUCCACGCGAUGUGCCAGAUCAGCAAUGGCGCGUGAUGCAAGUACAGCUGUCGAGUAAUGGACGGAGUUGGGGCAUAUCUGACCUGGAUCGUGAUGUCGAAGAGAUCGCCAUGGCGAUAUCCUACAUCCGUGACACUAUCACUCAGUCUCCGACGUCCCCAAUCGUCCUAAUGGGCCAUUCGACAGGCUGUCAAGAUUCCUUCCAUUACCUCGUCUCCCCCGUAUCCCCAUCGUCCCGACGGCCAGACAUCUCCGGUGCCAUCCUACAGGCUCCCGUCUCCGACCGCGAAGCGAUCCUGCACGAGCUGGGGGCCAACCCUUCUGCAAAAGCCGAUUACGACGCCACUCUUGCCGUCAUCAAAACCACGCCUGUCGAGAAAUACAAGACGACGAUUCUCCCAAUGGACUUGACGAAGUCCCUCUUCGGCCCCUCUCCGGUAUCUAUCUCCCGCUUCCUGAGCCUUGUCUCACCCGACUCUCCAGCGCAGCCGAGCAUGGACGACUAUUUCUCCAGCGAUCUGUCCGACGAGCGCCUCAACGCGACAUUCGGGCAGAUUGGCCACGUGGCGCAUCUCGUUCCUCCGCCAGCACGAAAAUCACAGCGUAGCAUUCUGGUGCUCCAAGGCGCAGAUGAUAGAAGUAUUCCUCCUCACGUGGAUAAAGCUGCUUUAAUCAACCGGUGGAAAGUGGCGGUCGAAUCUUCUGGUUCUGCGGCGACGCUGUCGCGGCAUAGCGCGAUCAUCGAGCACGCUACACACGAUAUUGCAGGGUCGUCUAUCCAAGCGAAGGAAGCAAGGUUAGUGAAAAUGCGGAGCGCAGUCCUGAGGUAUCUAGGCGACACUGUAGGUGGCGUGGAGGACGGAGCUGGACAGCCUGACCAUGAAUAUGCGCCUUGGAAAAUCUGGGAGCGGGAUAUGAAGGCUAUUCAGAAGGAGCGUGAAGCAAAUAAGGGAAAAGAGAAGGGCGUGGAAGAGUCAAAGCUAUGA